AUGCCUGGGGCAGUGGUGGUGUGCUUUUUCGAAUGGUGCUCGUUGCUGAACACGACUUUGCUGAUGCGAGAAGGUUCGGUGGAUGGGAAGUGCGGGAGUGAUGUUGAGGCGAGCACCGCGGAUCAUCUCGAGAAGCUCUCGACGGCAGCGUCUUGCGAAUGCCCCCAGCCAAAGGUUCGGUGGAUGGGAAGUGCGGGAGUGAUGUUGAGGCGAGCACCGCGAAUCAUCUCGAGAAGCUCUCGACGGCAGCGUCUUGCGAAUGCCCCCAGCCAAAGUGUGAUGAUGCGCAUCGCCGAUCAGACUGCGGAGAAGUGGAAGCCCGUGAAACGAUUCUUCAUCGAUGUCAGCAAUUCGGAGAUCUAUCAGGAUGCUCGAUAUCCGGAAGCAAUUUCAUCAUCGGACGACGAGCCGCGCUUGACCGUCGAAGUUUCGGCAUUGCCGGGCGAUGGCCAGCUCCUGCACUGUGGUGAUAAUCUACCAGGUGUUGCAAACGAAGUGGAAUCGUAUCCAUGUCGCUUCUGCGCGAAUCGGAUUUUCCUCACGUCGAUGAGUCUGGAACGCCAUACGAAAGUGGAACAUAAGGAGCAUCUGGGAGAAGUUAAGAAUGACAUUUACAGAAUUCAGAGCGAAUGGCGAAGGUAA